AUGAAACAGAAACUAUUAAUGAAGUUUCAUAUGCUCUUCAAAUCAAAUAGCUCGUUUUACCCUGUUCUGAUAAUACUUAAAUAAAAGUAGAAAAAAAUUACUUCUAUCAUAUAUGUCCAUUUGCAGCUUUUAUCUACGAUACUAAUAUCAUAUUUGUUCAGAGUAUAAAAUAUAAAGUAAGUUCUAACCUUACUAUUUAGGAUAUAACAUACCUAAAUAAUAACGUAUUUAUAAUAUAACUAUCAUAUAACUAACUUGAAAUAUACGAAAUUAAUUACAAUUUUAAGAAUAAAAUAUAAUCUCUGA